AUGGGACUGGUAUUAAGGUGGAAGGAAAAAAAAGAGCUGUCUAGUAAGCAAAAGAUUCAAAAAUCCAGAAAACCGGCAAACACAUCGUUUAGACAACAGCGCCUCAAAGCCUGGCAGCCCAUCUUGUCGCCACAGAGCGUACUGCCGUUACUUAUUUUGAUGGCAUGUAUCUUCGCACCUAUUGGUAUAGGGUUGGUGGUCAGCACGAUAAGCGUCCAGAGACUAGUAGUUAAUUACACGGAAUGCGAUACACUAGCACCGGCGAAGAAUUUUGAAACGAUUCCUUCCGAGUACGUGAACUACCACUUCAGUAAGAAAGUUACAGCUCAACCUCAAUGGAUGGUGCUUACGGAUCCCGAGUUGGGCAAUCAGACUUGUCGAAUACAGUUUGAAAUUCCAAACCAUAUCAAGAAAUCUACUUACGUUUACUACCGCCUAACAAAUUUUAACCAAAACUAUAGAGAAUAUGUGCAGUCCCUUGACCUAGACCAAUUAAAAGGGAAAGCGUUGAUCGGGGAUGACCUGGAUCCCAACUGUGAUCCUUUAAGGACGAUAAACAACAAGACUAUAUUCCCCUGUGGAUUGAUAGCAAAUUCGAUGUUCAAUGAUACAUUUGGUGCGACAUUUACUGGUGUAAAUGAUACUGCAGAUUAUUUACUUACUACAAAGGGCAUUGCAUGGGACACCGACCGCCAUAGAUACGGAAAGACCAUAUAUAAUGCGUCCGAUAUCGUACCGCCCCCAAAUUGGGCCAAAUUAUUUCCCAAUGGCUACACCGACGAUAACAUUCCAGACCUGCAAAACUGGGAGCAGUUCAAAGUUUGGAUGAGAACUGCUGCGUUGCCUAAUUUCUAUAAGCUGGCGAUGAAAAAUGAGACCAAUGGGUUAGGUAAGGGUAUUUACAUUGUUGAUAUAGAACUAAACUACCCAGUAAGGUCUUUCUACGGAACAAAAUCAUUUGUAUUAACGACAAACAGUAUCAUUGGUGCAGGCAACGAGGCAUUAGGGAUUGUGUACUUAAUUGUUGCUGGGAUUGCAACUCUUUUCGCCAUACUGUUCCUAAUAAAAGUCAUUUUCAAACCGAGACCGAUGCAUGAUCAUAGUUACCUAAAUUUUGAGACUAACGAUAUCCCACCUGAUGAGAGUAGUGUCGUUAGUAUCCCACUAAGAGAAAUUUUAUGA